GAUCUCCUUUACGCUGAAGAUAGUUCUUCAUAACUUUGGCUUUAUGUUUGGGGUCGUAGCUCUGCUGCAGAAUAAAUUUGGGGCCAAUCAUACGCCUCCCUGAUGGUAUUGCAUGAAGGAUAAGUAUCUGCAUGUAUUUCUCAACAUUGAGAACACCAUUAAUCCUUAUCAAAUCUCUAACUCCAUUUGCAGAAAUGCAGCACCACUUUUGGCCAGACUUCUCCGGACAGUAGAUGGGUGUACCUGGGACCCACUGGUUUCUGCCAGUUCAUAGCUGAUGGCACUGCUGGACAUCUUCCGAUUUCAAAGGGAAACAAGAGCUGCUGACCAUCUCCAGUGUGCCUCUGGGAGAAUGUCCACCCUCACCUCCCCGCACUGCACCACCCACCAUGAAGUCGGCGGAGUUCUUCGACAUGCUGGAAAGGAUGCAGAUUCCCAAAACUGAGGAGACUAAGAAAUACAAGGAUGACUACAUCCCUUACCCCCGGAUUGAGGAUGUCCUGGAGAAGGGUGGUCCCUAUCCUCAGGUGAUUUUACCUCAGUUUGGUGGAUAUUGGAUUGAGGAUCCAGAGGCUCCGAUUGGGACGCCCACAUCCUCAGACAGCAGCUUCUGUGAGGAAGAGGAGGAUGGUCUGAGUCCCGGAGGAGGAGGAGGAGGAGGCUUCGGCUACAGGCUGGAGUGUAACAGCAUCUCACGGGCUUAUCGCAAACACUUUCUGGGCAAGGAGCACAUGAACUAUUAUUGCACAGGCAGUAGUAUGGGACACCUCAUCAUGUCUCUGAAGUAUGAGGAGGCAGAGGGACAGGAGUCACUCCGGAUCAUGCUCAGGUCAAAAACAAAGACCCUUCAUGAGCGAAUCCCCCUUGAAGGUCUCCUCCAGCUACCCAGCGUACCACAGUUAGCCAAGCUGCUCUGCGAUGACGUCACAGGUCUGAAGUUCAACCCCGUCCUCUACCCUAGGGCCUCUCAGCUGAUUGUCACUUUUGACGAGCACGAAGUGAACAACACUUUCAAGUUUGGCAUAAUCUAUCAGAAGUUUGGUCAGACAACAGAGGAAGAGCUGUUUGGGAACAAUGAGGAGACGCCAGCCUUUACUGAGUUCCUUAGCGUUUUAGGAGACAAUAUUGAGCUGCAGGAUUUUAAAGGGUUCAGAGGCGGUCUGGAUGUGUCUCAUGGGCAGACUGGAUCUGAGUCUGUCUAUACCACGUUUCGUCAGAGAGAAAUCAUGUUUCACGUUUCCACAAAACUCCCCUUUACAGAAGGAGACAUUCAGCAGCUCCAGAGGAAGAGACAUAUUGGCAAUGACAUUGUUGCAGCCGUAUUCCAGGAAGAGCCCACACCGUUCGUUCCUGAUAUGAUCGCAUCCAACUUCCUUCAUGCCUAUGUGUUAGUGCAGGCGGAAAACCCGUGCACUGAUCACACCACGUACAAGGUGUCCGUCACAGCCAGAGAGGAUGUCCCUCCGUUCGGCCCCCUUCUUCCAAACCCUGCAGUCUUUAAGAAGGGUCCAGAGUUCCGGGAAUUUCUCCUGACAAAAUUGAUCAACGCAGAAAAUGCAUGCUGCAAGUCCGACAAGUUUGCCAAGCUGGAGGAGAGGACACGGGCAGCACUGUUAGAUAACCUUCACGAUGAACUGCACAGACAGACACAGGCCACAGUAGGACUGGGCUCUACUACAGAUGAAGAAAAGCUAGAAAAUGGAGGUCACGGAGGGCUGCUGGAGUCUUUUAAGAGGGCCAUGCGUGUGAGGAGCCACUCGAUGGAGACGAUGGUGACUCAUAAACACAAGAGUCCUGGAGCUGCGGCAGGGGUCCCGUCCAGUGUGAGCGGUGGAGGACUCCAGCAGAACAGCAUGGAGUGCACCAAGAGCACCUUCACUCCUCCAGCCCUGUCUGCAAAAUCUCCGUUGAAGAGUCCAGUAAAGCGGCGCUCUGGUCUGUUUCCCAGACUGCACUCCAGCACUGAAAGUCCGAUCGAGAAGCAUCCAUCUCGCAGUGACCAAAAAACAGAAGUGUUACCUCACUCGCAGGAUGUGAGGUCAGAGACGUCAUCCAAUCCUAGUUCACCAGAGAUCUGCCCGAACAAAGAAAGGCCAUUUGUGAAGCUGAAAGAGUGUAGCGGCAGAGCUAAUAUCUCUAUCUCCCGAUCCUCCUCCAGCACCAGCAGCUUCAGCAGCACGGCAGGGGAGGGAGACGGACUGGAGGAGCUGGAAAUGAGCAGUCACCCAUCCACGGCUUCAUCUGUGUACAGUCCAUCUCUGAGCGUGGAGAGCCAGAGCUCCGGAACGCCGCUGAUCAUGUGCCGCAGUCCUACAGACGGAAAGAGCAAAACUUCACCGAGGUCGAACUUGAAAUUCCGCUUUGACAAACUGAGCCACUCCACUGGUCAUUAGGUCAGACACAAGACACUGCAUGGACAAAAGGCAGUGACUUUGAAUGGAUUUUUAUAGAUUGAAGGAAAAAAGGGACCAUUUUCUCUUGCCGACGCUGUUCAACAUAAAUACACAACUGAACACUAUUGUAAGAACUGAUCCUGCAAACACACAAAAAAUGGUUCGGAGGACAAAUAUGAACACCAGUCUUAGUAGAAAAAGCAACAAAUGUCUCUGUUUCACCAACAUUUUAAAUGUAGUGCUCAAAGAAGUGUUGAAAACUGUCCUUGCCUAACUGCAAUUGCUUUCUAGACAGACGCUCAAUAUUAACACAGCCACUUGAAAUACUUGAAGAGUUCUCAGUCGUUAUAUGUUACAAGAGCUACGGACUACAAAAUAGCAUUAUAAGCACCUGUACUGUAACUGUACUCAGUCUUUUGCAGAGAUUACGGGUCGUUUUGAGUCUUGUAACACGUCGCCCAUCAGUGUACGCC